AUGUCUACCAACCCCAACGUCGUCAGCCCGCAGACCGCCCACAAACUUGCUAUCAACAACCUCCUCCACGUAUUCUCCGAGCGCGAUGCUUCGAAACGGCUCGAAGCUGUGAAAGCUACGUACACCCUGGACGUGCAUUUAAGUGAGCCCGACGGCAUUCUGGUAGGCCACGAGGCCGUGAGCGAGAAAGCAGGCGACGUACUUGAUAAGCAACCUGGGUGGAGAUUCACUCCCAAGGGGAAGGUCAAGCAGAAUGGCGAGAUGAUCUACUUGGCUUGGGAAUUUGGACCUGCGGUCGAGGGCAAGGAGUUAGGUGAGGUAGGCUCCGUGAAGGUUAUGGCUACUGGGGCAGAUGUGAUUCUUACGGCGGGAGGUUUGAUUAGUAGGUUGUGGGUUGUGAUUGAUGGGCUUUCUGAUGUUUCAAUGCCGCAGGUCGCACACGAAGCUGUGACGACAGUAUACACGAACCAGAGAGAUCAGCCGAGGCAAGAAAUCACAAGGCUACAACGGGCAGCACGCGAGGCUGAGAAUCUGGGCCUAGAACAGGAUAGACUAGUAUAG